GAUAAUAUUAUGGAUGGCAUUUUCGUUCGAAUUUAUACGAAUCGUCAAUAUUACGAAUACCCGUAUCGAGACGCUCAUUUUCUGCUAACCUCUCAAUAUUACGAUCAACAGAAACCAACAGUCUUCUAUUGUCAUGGAUGGACCGAAUCAACAAAUUCAAGUUCAACUCGAACAAUUAUAACAAGUUAUAUUGAAAGAGGUGGAUGGAACAUAGUGGCAUUCGAUUUCUCAAUUCUAGUUCAUGAUUAUGAAAACUUUACAGGUCCUACGCGUGACUUUAUACCAGCAGAAUCAGCGAUGCUUAACUAUGUGUCAAAAGUAUAUGCUAUGGAAGGUUUAGCCUUAAGUUAUAUCGAUUCAGUACGGAAUUCUUCAAGAAUUGGUACUGCUAUCGGAGAAUUAUUGGCAAAAUACGUUGAAGACGGAAUGCCCUUAAAAACAAUCCACGUAGUUGGACAUUCUUUGGGCGGGCAUAUCGUGUCAUUUAUUGGCAAAGCAUUUAAACAACAUUUUAAUAAUGAACUUCGCUUACCAAGAAUUACAGCUCUUGAUCCAGCUGGACCAAUAUUUGUUUUGAAAUUUUGUCCAAAAUUGGAAAAAGGAGAUGCUGAUAUGGUUGAUGUGAUACAUACUGAUACCAAUUUAUUUGGAUAUCCCACAAAUUUGGGGAAUGUGGAUUAUUAUCCGAAUAUGCAUUUACUGAUGGGCGGUCAACCUGGAUGUAGUAAUGCAGAAGACGGCCGCAUAGAGGGUCCAGGAUGUUCGCACUAUCGAUCAUGGAAAUUUUACAGCGAAUCAGUUCUAAAUCCAACAGCAUUUCCCAGCGUACGAUGUAUUAAUAAAUAUGCAUUCUUAUUUAACUAUUGUGACAAUGAUAGCCUGACGUAUAUGGGAUACCUUUAUCCAGACAAGGGCGACGGAGAAUACUAUUUAGAAACAGGUCCUCGGCAACCAUUUGGAAUGGAAAUGGAUGGAAUUCCAAAUUUACCGAUUGAAAUAUACGAUUUUGAUGAAAUGUAA